AUGGAUAUCGACAACCUAUACCCAAAGGUCGUCGCUGAGGACGCUGGCGGCACAGACCCAUCCAGCACUAGAACAAAUGGCGCUCGCAAGAGUGAUGGAGGGCAGGACGACGGCGACAGAACCUCAGCUGAUGCGCCUCGCCAGGCCGCCCAGACGCUGCUCCCCCUCCUGCUCACGACGCCGCCCUACAUACCCAGCAGCCUCAAGUCAAAGGAUGUGAACCGUCGCCACAACAUCCUCAACCUCACGCCCGAAAACGCAGACGAGUACCUUGUGACGAGCUAUGCCUCCCACCCAGAGGGCACAUCCGCGCAUGUCGUCGAGCUCCUCGGCGAGCUGCGCGCACAGGUGGAGCAGCUCCACGGCAUCUAUGCCGCCGGCGACUCGGACGCAGUCGUGGGCACGGCAGGCUACAAAAACGUCGGUUUUGGCGAAGUCGUCGCUGCUGUCCCCCUGGGCGACGUCAAGCAGGCGUCAGCCCCGCUCCUCACAGUCCUCCUCAAGGUCGAAGGGUCGGGCGACAAGAGCAGCAGCUUCAAGUUUGACAAUCUUCUCCCUCACGGUGCAGCUACAGGGCCCUGGAAAAAUCGUCUGGCCGAUGUCGUCGGUACGGAGCCGUCGACUUCUCCUGGUGACAACCAGGACGAGAGGCCGGCAAGCCGGACCCGCUCCGACUCGCAGCUUACCAGCUUCUCGUCGUCGACUGCCCCUCGCUCGAUCCGGACCACCAACUCAUUUCAGACGGCCUUGAGCGGCGAUAAUUCGCCCAGUGUGACCGCCUCUGGCUUUCGCUCCGCGGAAGGAUCUCGAUCGCCGUCUGUGCGGCAUCCGACAGCCCAAGCAGAAGCCAAUGAUGGCCAGCAGAUCGACGCCGAAUACAUCACCGACCCCGCCGAGUUCUGGGGUGGCUUCGGUGAUGACGACGAGGCUGACAAAGAAGACGGUCAGGAGAAGAACAAAGAUGACGGAGUCGAGGGCGCAGUCGAUGAAGAAGCUGCUGAAAGGGCAAAGGAAGACGCUUAUUGGGCGAUGUACGAGACGCAGGACGAGGAGACCCGCGACGAGCCGUACCAGUUCCAGUUUGCGCGCAGUGACCGCAUAGACGACGACGCCGACCAUCACAAUCUCGACAAGCUUCAAGACAUGCAAGAGCAGCACUGGAUCGCGUCGGCGACGGCCGACGACGGUGCAGACUCGUUCAUCGAGACCACGACGAUCAAGCCUCGCGCUCAGCCUGCACCCUUGGUGCUCCCCGAUGAUGCCGAGACCUCCAAUGGCGACGAUUGCACGGAGGAAGGCACGGUGCGAAGCAGGGGCCCACCCUCGCCGCGGUCAGAUGAGACCGAUAGUGGCAUCUCAGACACCGGCGACCGUGUAGGUGAUACCGACGACACGACUGCGUCGAAGAGGAAGAAGCUGUCCAGCAUCGGUGCAGCUAUGACGAUGUCGCAGAAUGCGGCGGCCGCAUCGAUGAUCGACGUAGCCACCGCAAACGCGGGCAUGAUGUUGGAGAAUGGCCAUGAGGACACGUCCAAGAUUGACGAUGGGCUGAGCGAGAAUGAUGAGCCGAAGCUAGCUCAGAAGGGCAAAGGGAGAGAUGGUAACGAGCUUGGAGACAUCGGCCUGUCUGGCUCUCGAACUCAACAAGACCAAGGGCCUCGACACGGGCGUGCAGGGAGCGUCAGCAUGUACUCGACCAGCGGCCAAUCCUAUUUCGAAACGCCGGCUGACAUGGACCUGAAGGACCUCGAAGACUUCUACCGGAAUCGCGACCUGCAGCGCUCGCUCGAGCAGCGGGAGCGCAUCCAACGAGCGUCGUAUCCGGAGCUCUUUGUAGACUACAAGACAAAAGAAAACGCCAUCGGGCUUCCAGGGCUCGAGAUCGCAAACCAAGCGAAGAAUGCGGGCGACUUGAGCACAGGUCAACAGGAUCCAAUCACCGCCCUGGCGUUUGCCGAACCUGCUGUCGCCGUUGCGGGGAGCCAUGCGCAGAAGCAGUCGAGACGGCCCCUCGUGCCGCGACAUGCCUCGAUGGACACGCUGCGCAAACUCGUCGAGCAGAGCGCCACCGGCAGCGACGCAGACGCAACGCCAGAGAUGCUCAGGAGGCGCCAAGCCGCCCAAGGUAUCAGCGCGUCCAAGCCGUCGGAGGAGGGCAGCAAGGCCGGCAAGCACAACAACUUUCUCCAUCUUGCGCCUAGCGUCAUCUCCGACUCGGACGUGGGCGACGAGAUGGAGACGAGAAGCAUGUCGCUCAAUGUCCCGCCCAGUGUCGCCGAAGAGCUGGAGGAGGAGGAAGACAUUGGGAUGGACGAGCAGGGACAGAAGCAAGAUGAGCCAGGCGACGAUGGACAGCACGACGAAGGCUACGGUUUCGACGACGGCAAGAGCGUCAUUGGGAACGAAGCCGUCGAUCAGGCUGAUAGACCCAGUCUGCUGCGACGUAGACUGGACUCGAGGCCGAGCGAGCCCGGAAGCGCCAAUGGGCUCCUGCGUGGUCAGACAGACCUCGACGAGUUCAUGUUCCCCGGCCUCAUCAAGCCGUCAAAGCGUCCCGCACUCGACUCUCCCCACGCAAGCGAGAGUGACCCCCUGGUCAAGGAAGUGGCCGAGAGCUUCCGGACGAACAGUCACGGUCGUAUCCUUGCUGGCGACCAAGCGAGAAAUGCACGCGGAGAGAUCAGCUCGGUAGCUCCCAGCGACACGUUCUUGCCCGGAGCCGCGAGCGAUGCUUCGAUGAUGCCUCUGACGGGAAGCUUGACCGGGAAUUCGAGCCUGCAGCGUCGGGGCAGCGACGGCGGCUCGAGCGUCGUCCACCUCAGAGAUGGCGAGUCCAUCGCAGUGGGCGAUCGAGCGUCCGAGAUUCGAUCCACUGAUACGGAUCUGGGCCUGGGUGACGAGGACAAGGGUGCUGCGUGGCCAACGUCGACGAGACCCACCAUCAGAGCCGGGCUGCAGGAGGGUCGGUGGCCAAAGGGGGCUGGGCCUGGGCCUGGAUCACUGGAGCCACCGCGCGAGCAGCAGGGGCCACGGCAGCUUCGUGCUUCGCCUAGCGCUGUCCACACGGCGCAUCUGAUGCAGGAGCACCUCAAGCAACAGCGCCAGCAGGCCCUGCAGGUGCAGCGCGAACGCAUUCAGGCGCAACGCAACGAGAAGAAGGGUCCCAAGGAGCGUGAGGCGUCGUACGACGACAGGCUGCACGGUCAGGAUCCAGAUGGCAUCUCUCAGUCGAUCCCCACCGAGGCAGAGGGCGAAGAGGAGGAGGCGCAGAGGCGAAAGUCACACAUGGCUCUAAGCCUCGCUCAUGGAGAGAUGAAUGGCCAAGAGGACCGUGCUAUGGGAAACGAAGCCGAGAGGUCGUCGGAUCAGAAUUGGUCAGCGGAACAUACGCCAACGAGAUCCUCCCAAACUAACGGCCGAGUGAUUGAGGAGGACCGGGACGCAGACCAGACCAGGGAGGCAGCUGACGAUGGUACAGACGUAUUCGAGGGAGAGAGCAGAGCCGAGGUGGCAAGUCUUGCAGAGGAUGCCGUGCGGAGGCAAGAAGACCUCGAAUUGCAGGAACCCUUACCUCUCCUGGAAGGCCAAGAACCUGCCGAUGCAGUUGCCGAAGGAGCAGACUUCAGAGAGAUCACUCGGUCGUCUAGCAGUAGCGAGCUUACCAUCGACGAGUCUAGCGCCAUACUGCCAAAUGAGAGCAUGAGGCAGCCCGGUGAGGGCGCCUUUGACGUGAGCAACGCCCCGACGCACGCGCAAGCCGCUCGUUCACCGUCCAAGCGCGACAUGCAAUUGCCUUCCUUUAUAGGCACUGUCGCUGAAAAUCAAGACGAAGGAGAGCGCAGGAGAGAGAAUGAUCUUUCGGCUCUUGCUCAGCCUCAGCAGACUGCGCUCGAUAGACAGGCCAAAGGCAGGCCGUCGUCACGGCAGCAGCUACAAAUACCCAAGGCCCCGAAUGCUCAAGUGGGAAAUGCGGAGCUGGCACGCCGCCGUCGCGAGGCCAUGCGAGUGCUGCAGAGCCGCAACGAGGCGGCCAAGAGCAUCUUGAAGGGUGCUUACAGGCUCAUGGACGAGGUCGCAAUAGCGAUGUCAAUCGAUGCGCCCGCUGGGAGUGCAUCAGCCGACGCCGGCGGCUCCAGGGUGAGCGAGACGGAGUUCCUGAGGCUGGCCAGGGAGGCCUUUAGGGAGUGUCAAAACGCCGACGUGCGGUGA